CAGUCAUGGCCGAACGCGCUCUCGGACGGGCGGCGCCGCCGCUGCCGCUGCUGCUGCUGCUUCUGGCGCUGCUAGUGGGGAACUCCGCCGCCCAGGCAGCCACGGGCCCGCAGGAUCGGAGACCUUGCUCCGGGGAUGAGUUGAACCUGGACAUCAGGGGCUCGCUCAACGCCACGGGCCACCCCGUGCUGCAGGCGCGCCUGGAGCAGCCGCCGAGCAGCGCGCCUCGCCGCCUCACCGUGCGCCUGCGGGACGAGCCCUGCGCGCCUGGCGGCGAGAAACGGCGCGUCAUGCACGCUGUCGUCCACGGUCCACUCAGUGGCGAUCCGCUGCCAACGCCAGAACGCCUGGUUCAACACCAAACGGACCCUCGCCUGAACGAAGUGGAGACCACAGUAACAUCAAGUUCAACAGUCCAAGUAUCAUCGCCACCCAGAGUGUCCUCAAACCCCCUGGAUGCUGCGACGAUGUACAGAGGAUACACAAAGGUGGGCCCUCGGCCGCUACAAGGUGCACUGGAGCGCGCGACGGGGGCGCCGGCGCUGGCGUGCUCGCAGGAGGGCGCACGCUCGCCGUGCCAUCGCAGCGCGAGGCAGACGCCCUCUGGGACUGAAGCGCAGCGCGCGCCCGCGCAGCAGCCCGACGCAGGCGGCGCGCAGCAGCAGGCGCAGGCGCCGCGCAACUUCAUGGACGUGGCGUCAUGGGGCUGACCGCAUGACCUACUGGUGGGCGUCUCCGCCGCUACCCGCCCACCCGAUCGGAACUUCACCACAUCUUCGGCGAGCAGCUGUCUGAGACAGGAUACAAUACGUGGGCUACUGAGCCUACCAACGAAGAACACUGCGGAGCUAUGUUUUCGAACACUGGCUUUAGGGCGGUUCCUUGUGACAGCGAAAUGCCAUUUAUCUGCAAGCUGCCUUUGUGACGCGGGCGCUCCUGCCAUGUACUACUCAUCUCUUGUUAAAUUUGUAUUAAAAUGAAUACUGAAUACACUCCUGUGUGAUUUCUUUGCUAACAUGUAGUGAAGCAUGUAACUUAUUCAAAUAAUAUUGUACAGUGUAGAUGCUGUGUUGUACAGUAAAACUAUGACAAGAAGCUGAAGCUGUAUGUGUUCUAUGCUUAUACAUAUCACAAAUCACCUUUUAGCUUUUCUUGGCGUUUAUAAUUUUAUUAAUAGUUAUCAGUUGUUUUUCCUGUUUAUAUUAUCAAUUUUCUUCGUGUCAUCAUGAAUUUUCUUUCAUAAAUUCCUUUUAUUAAUUGAUUUAAUUCUAUUCGGCAAGUCACUUUUCAGGAUGUCUCAUUUUGUUAUUCGUAUCCCUUGUAAAAUUAUGAUUAAAUUAUUUUUUACAAACUGUACGACUGUAAUCUUUUUACGAGAGCUGCAAAUAUACUUAUGUAUGUACUCAUGUAUGUACAUGUAGUAUGUACUAUUUUUUAUUAUUUGUCAUACUUAUGAAAAAUAAACGUUUUUAUUAGCUGUGAAUACCAAUUCUUACUAAACCAUGUUGAUUGAUUUAAAUGUAUUUGGAUCACGAGUUUUGAUGAGAAAUAAUUUUAUCAAUAAAAAAGGAAUACUGAAGAUAACAGAUCAAAUAUGAGGAAAGAAAAAUAUCCAUAGCAAUAAACCAGUCAUUAAAUUUAAUAGUAGUACACAUUUUUUAAAUACUAAAUUUAAGUUUUUUUCUUUCAAAAUUUUCUUUAUCAGUAAUAGAUGAUCAGAAUGGGGCCCGCUGUCCUCUAGAGACGCUGAUGCGAUUUUAAGGAGGCCCUAAAACGGUCACCAGGUGAAUAUUUUUGCUUCUGGUGCCACCGUGAAGAAAUCGAAAUAGUUCUUCUAAUAUUUGUUGUAGUUGUUUAGACAGACCGCACGCCUGCAGCUUGUUUAUUGAAGACUAUGUGAACUGUGUUUCCAGAAAUAGCUUGUAUGUGCGUCCCUGCAUGGACAUCUGCCAUUACAAUGCUCUGAGAGCCGGGAACUCGGCCCAAUCUUCUUAGGUUUUUCCGCCCCUUCUGUCGCAUUUUAUGGAAUUCUUUCUUCCUUUAUUUGUUUCUACGAAAUAAUUUUUUGAUAUGUUCUUUGUGAUAUGUUCUUUGUACUAAAUUACAAUUUUUGGUUUAUUUUCCUAAUUAAUAGUGGAUUUAGUUUAAUCUGACUAUGCAUUGAAAAUUCAACUCCUCUCGUUUGUCCCUAAUUACCAACUUUGUACAUCCCUAGUGCGAGUCGUAGUGAGGGAUACUUAUUCCCUCUGCUUCCGCAGGUCUCGAGUUCCGAAGCAUGCGAUUGCUGGGUCGUGUGAGUGGCGCAGACUUCCUGCGCAAAUUCUCCAGAUCGAUUCCUGCCGACCACAUACUAUAAGUGCAAAACCUAAUUCCCUGCCACAAAAGCUACUGAAGUGUACCGACAAAUGCCCUGCCAACAGCAACACAUUUUGUGACGACCAGACCGGUAUUUUAUUUUUUAUUGCUCACAGAAACCUUUCUUCUGAUAAAUCCUUUGUGGAACGUAUCCUUAAAUCAUAAGUAAUAAUCUACAAAAAUCUCCUAGUUCAUGCUUCAGUUUUUCAAUCUCGACGUUCUUGCUUCAAACUUUACUAUACAAUCUCGCGGAAUUAGUUGAAGUAGUUUCUCGUAAAUCUAUUAUGUAAUUUCCUAACAUGUAUUGCUACAUUUCCGUUUUGAAAUGAAACUUUAUUUCGCAUAUGCAUAGAACUGAUACUCGACGUAUCUAAAACUAUUAACAUUCGAGGUUAUCUGUGUCAAUUUUUUUAAAAACAAGUAACAAACCUUUAAUACAAGGUGAGACUAAAUACGGUUGUGUUGAAUUCAACGAAAGAAAACACCUGUAUAUUCUUAACUAAUUUCCUACUUAAUAUCCACAUUAAUGGUAUGCACAUUUCUGUUGUCAGGUGAGGACCUGUCAGAUUCCGCAGGUGGAAGUUACAACAUCUGGGCUACUACGCCUUCUGACGAAGAACAUUGCGGAGCUGUGUUUUCGAACCUCGGCUUCAUGGCAGUUUCGUGCGAACUCCCCUUGACGUUCAUCUGCGAACUGCCUCUUUGAAAGUUCCUUUCAAUUCUUAGUCUGUCAAAACAUGUGAUUUAUUUAUAACGCAACAAACGUGUAUUGACAAUACACAAUAAAUUAAUGACAUAAAAGAAUGGGUCAUUUCAGAGUUUUCAUAGUGUUUGUAGCAUCCCUCGUGGCAUGCAUUAGAAUUCUUCAUCCACUAACUUAAGAAAUCCUGCA